ACAUGCAUGGUGGGUUUAUUACCAGUGAUGCUUUUUUAUGCUAGGAGUGACUCUUAAUUUGAAUUUUGGAGUGCUUUUUAUCUUUUUUGCAAUUCGUGUUUCAACUCUUCAUGUUAAAUAGAUUCAUUUAAAGGAAGUAAAUGCUGAAUUUAUAAUAUUUCUUAACUGUACUGCUGUUCCCUGGAGAAACAGUAUGGAGAAAUUACAGACUAAAAUUCCCUGAAGUUUUAUUGCACGCAAAGCUGUGCCAGGGACACAGAUACGCAGUGUAAGUUUUCUCUCCUUGGCAACUGCACUUGAUUAGAAUGAACCGAACGUCAGCAGGAUUUCACAGCAUAUAAGAUUUGCAGUCUUUGUUUUAUCAAGGCCUUUAAUGUAUGUUUUAUAAUUACCAGAUGGGAAACACAUUGCGCACCAUGUUUGACAUGUAUGCCUAAGGAAAGGAACUCCCCCAUGGAUCAUGGCGUUAAUGUUUACAGGACAUUUCCUAUUCUUAGCAUUAUUGAUGUUUGGUUUUUCUACUUUUGAGGAAUCUGUGAACAAUUACUCUGAAUGGGCAGUUUUCACAGAUGAUAUAGAUCAGUUUAAAACACAGAAAGUACAAGAUUUCAGACCCAACCAAAAGCUGAAGAAAAGUAUGCUUCAUCCAAGUUUAUAUUUUGAUGCUGGAGAAAUCCAAGCAAUGAGACAACAGUCUCGCACAAGCCAUUUGCAUCUUUUUAGAGCUAUCAGAAGUGCAGUGACAGUUAUGCUGUCCAACCCUACAUACUACCUACCUCCACCCAAGCAUGCUGAUUUUGCUGCCAAGUGGAAUGAAAUUUAUGGUAACAAUCUGCCUCCGUUAGCAUUGUACUGUUUGUUAUGCCCAGAAGACAAAGUUGCCUUUGAAUUUGUCUUGGAAUAUAUGGACAGGAUGGUUGGCUACAAAGACUGGCUAGUUGAGAAUGCACCAGGAGAUGAGGUUCCAAUUGGCCAUUCCCUAACAGGUUUUGCAACUGCCUUUGACUUUUUAUAUAACUUAUUAGAUAAUAAUCGAAGACAAAAAUACCUAGAAAAAAUAUGGGUUAUUACUGAGGAAAUGUAUGAGUAUUCCAAGGUCCGCUCAUGGGGCAAACAGCUUCUCCAUAACCACCAAGCUACUAAUAUGAUAGCAUUACUCACAGGGGCCUUGGUGACAGGGGUAGAUAAAGAAUCUAAAGCAAAUAUAUGGAAACAGGUUGUAGUAGAUGUGAUGGAAAAGACAAUGUUUCUGUUGAAUCAUAUUGUUGAUGGUUCUUUGGAUGAAGGUGUGGCCUAUGGAAGCUACACAGCUAAAUCAGUCACACAGUAUGUUUUUCUGGCUCAACGCCAUUUUAAUAUCAACAACUUGGAGAAUAACUGGUUAAAAAUGCACUUUUGGUUCUAUUAUGCCACCCUUUUACCAGGCUUUCAAAGAACUGUGGGUAUAGCAGAUUCCAAUUAUAAUUGGUUUUAUGGUCCAGAAAGCCAGCUAGUUUUCUUGGAUAAGUUCAUCUUAAAAAAUGGAGCUGGAAAUUGGUUAGCUCAGCAAAUUAGAAAGCACCGACCUAAAGAUGGACCAAUGGUUCCUUCAACUGCCCAGAGGUGGAGUACUCUUCACACUGAAUACAUCUGGUAUGAUCCCCAGCUCACCCCACAGCCUCCUGCUGAAUAUGGCACUGCAAAAAUGCACACAUUCCCUAACUGGGGUGUUGUCACUUAUGGGGCUGGGUUGCCAAACACACAGACCAAUACCUUCGUGUCUUUUAAAUCUGGGAAACUAGGUGGACGAGCUGUGUAUGACAUAGUUCACUUUCAGCCAUACUCCUGGAUUGAUGGAUGGAGAAGCUUUAACCCAGGACAUGAACAUCCAGAUCAGAACUCAUUUACUUUUGCCCCCAAUGGGCAAGUAUUUGUUUCUGAGGCUCUCUAUGGACCCAAGUUGAGCCACCUUAAUAAUGUAUUGGUGUUUGCUCCAUCACCCUCAAGCCAGUGUAAUAAGCCCUGGGAAGGUCAACUGGGAGAAUGUGCACAGUGGCUCAAGUGGACUGGUGAGGAAGUUGGGGACGCAGCUGGGGAAAUUAUCACUGCCUCACAACAUGGGGAAAUGAUAUUUGUGAGUGGAGAAGCAGUGUCUGCUUAUUCUUCAGCAAUGAGACUAAAAAGUGUAUAUCGUGCUGUGCUUCUCUUAAAUUCUCAAACUCUGCUAGUUGUUGAUCACAUUGAGAGACAAGAAGAUUCCCCAAUAAAUUCUGUCAGUGCCUUCUUUCAUAAUCUGGACAUUGACUUUAAAUAUAUCCCAUAUAGGUUUAUGAAUAGGUAUAAUGGUGCCAUGAUGGAUGUAUGGGAUGCACACUACAAAAUGUUUUGGUUUGAUCAUCGUGGCAAUAGUCCCAUGGCUAGUAUACAGGAAGCAGAACAAGCUGCUGAAUUUAAGAAACGGUGGACUCAAUUUGUUAAUGUUACGUUUCAGAUGGAAUCGACAAUCACAAGAAUUGCAUAUAUCUUUUAUGGGCCAUAUGUCAAUGUUUCCAGCUGCAGAUUCAUUGAUAAUUCCAAUUCUGGCCUUCAGAUUUCUCUCAAUGUCAAUAAUACUGAACAUGUUGUUUCCAUUGUAACUGAUUACCAUAACCUGAAGACAAGAUUCAGUUACCUGGGAUUUGGUGGCUUUGCCAAUGUGGCUGAUCAAGGGCAAAUAACCCGAUUUGGUUUGGGCACUCAUGCAAUAGUAAAGCCUGUAAGACAUGAUAGAGUCAUCUUCCCAUUUGGAUUUAAAUUUAAUAUAGCUGUUGGAUUAAUUUUGUGCAUUAGCUUGGUGAUUUUAACUUUCCAAUGGCGGUUUUACCUUUCUUUUAGAAAGUUAAUGAGAUGGAUACUUAUACUUGUAAUUGCCUUGUGGUUUAUUGAGCUUCUGGAUGUGUGGAGCACUUGCACUCAGCCCAUCUGUGCAAAAUGGAGGAGGACAGAAGCCAAGACAAGCAAGAAGGCUUUGUCUUCAGAAGGUCACCACAUCGAUCUUCCUGAUGUUGUUAUUACCUCACUUCCUGGUUCAGGAGCUGAAAUUCUCAAACAACUUUUUUUCAACAGUAGUGAUUUUCUCUACAUCAGGGUUCCUACAGCCUACAUAGAUAUCCCUGAAACUGAAUUUGAAAUGGACACAUUUGUAGAUGCCUGUGAAUGGAAGGUGUCAGAUAUACGCAGUGGACAUUUUCGUUUACUCCGAGGAUGGUUGCAGUCUUUAGUCCAGGACACAAAACUGCAUUUGCAAAAUAUCCAUCUCCAUGAACCCAGUAGGGGUAAACUGGCCCAAUAUUUUACAAUGAAUAAGGACAAAAAAAGAAAAUCAAGAAGGAGAGAGUCUUUGCCAGAACAAAGAAAUAGAAUGAAAGGCGCCUUUGAUAGAGACGCUGAAUAUAUUAGGGCUUUGAGGAGACACCUGGUCUAUUAUCCAAGUGCACGUCCUGUGCUCAGUUUAAGCAGUGGAAGCUGGACAUUAAAGCUUCAUUUUUUUCAGGAAGUUUUAGGAACUUCGAUGAGGGCAUUGUACAUAGUAAGAGACCCUCGGGCAUGGAUUUAUUCAAUGCUGUACAGUAGUAAGCCAAGUCUUUACUCUUUGAAGAACGUACCAGAGCACUUAGCAAAAUUGUUUAAAACAGAGGGAGGUAAAGGCAAAUGUAACUUAAAUUCAGGCUAUGCUUUUGAGUAUGAAUCAUUGAGGAAAGAAUUAUCAAAAUCCAAAUCAAAUGCAGUCUCCCUGUUGUCUCAUUUGUGGCUAGCAAACACAGCAGCAGCAUUGAGAAUAAAUGCAGAUUUGCUGCCUACCAGCUACCAGCUGGUCAAGUUUGAAGAUAUUGUGCAUUUUCCUCAGAAAACCACUGAAAGGAUUUUUGCCUUUCUUGGAAUUCCUUUGUCUCCUGCUAGUUUAAACCAAAUAUUGUUUGCCACCUCCACAAACCUUUUUUACCUUCCUUAUGAAGGGGAAAUAUCACCAACUAAUAUUAAUGUUUGGAAACAGAAUUUGCCUAGAGAUGAAAUUAAAGUAAUUGAAAACAUCUGUUGGACACUGAUGGAUCAUCUAGGAUAUCCAAAGUUUAUGGACUAAAUGCUGCAGGUCAGCAGAAGUUUGCACUAAUACUUCCCAACCUACUUUGUGGAUAUGAAUUAGAAGAGUUUGUUUAUUCUUGUACUCCGUGUGUAUGUAUGUGUGUGGGUGUAUGUAUGUAUGUGUGUGUUUGGUCUGUUAUUUGCACAGAGAGAUUAUUUUAAGAAUCAGCACCAUAUUUGGCCUAGCAGGAUUUAUUUUUAUGGCACUACUUUCUUUGCCUUUGUUUCUGAAAUUUUUUCCCUAAAAUGUUUCUGCUAUACAGGUGUAGAUGAAGUUAUAUCAUGGGGGUCAGGAGAGAUGGGAAGAUUUUAAAGGUUUUUGUUUUACUCUCCUUCAUCUGUAACUGUGUUAAUCUAUCUUGGGACCUCAAACACUGCUAAAGGCCUUGCAAUUCCUGCUUUACCCAAGCAUCUCUUGCUUUCAAGAUGGACUACAAAAGUUCCUUAUCUUUUUGAAAAGGUCUUCUAACACACUUAUCUUGCACAAAGAAAAAGAAUUUCUUUUACUGUGUAUAAUGUUCAAUGAUAUCACUGGGGAAACGGUGAAAGCUCCUAUCAGAACUAUAGGAUUCCUUCUGCGGACGAUACAGUUGGAAGUACAGGAUGAAUAUGCUUUUUUGAGGUCAGAAACAGUGACCUGGAAAGCCUACUUAAAGUUUUUUUCCUUAGAAAUAAUAAGGAAUAAGUCUUUGAACGAUCUGAAUACCAAGGGCUGGUAGUUUAUUUUAGACAUGCUUGUCUGUUUUAAACUCUCUGUUUUUUGCCUCCCUGAAACUACAGCUGUUCACCAUCAUACCACUUCCACCCUAUCCUUUCUGUCACUGUCAAGCAAAACAAUCAGCAGUUACUAAUUGCUAAACUCUCAAUAUUUGUGGGGAUUUUUCCCCCAGAUGAUUAAUUUUUCACUAAAGACUGAAACAGACUUAGAAUCAAAUUUAUUUUUGUGGAAUUAACACUGUAUGACUCAAAGACAGCAGUGUCACUGCUGCCAGUGUUUUUUUAGACAAGAAACAGAAUUGGAAAACUGCCUGACUUAUCUUGCAUCCCUUUGAAUGAGUUUACAGACUGCCAGUGUCUGCGAAAGUUGAAAGCAAAUGGGAGAUGAUGUCAGAGGCAUCUGUUUCCUUUACCAUCUGCAUCUUAUUAUAAAUGUAGUCGUCAUAAAAUGUGGUUCAUUUUAUUUUGGUAGGCUCUGAAAUAAAAAUGCUAUGCCAUUGUAAGCCAGUGGAAUAAUUACAAUGUAUUGGAUGAAAACUAUUAGGCAGUGUCAAGACUUGAUGAAAAUCUCUGUACAGAUUGCAGUCUUCUUGAUGUUCCAAACUGUAGUUCCCCCAAGCUCUCUAACACUUGGGAGUCUGUCAUUCUGACCUAGAUAAAAGUGGUUCUUUCUCAGUGGUUUGUUAUUAUGUCAAAAUGUGCUUCCAGAGUGAUAAAGCUGUGGAUUUGUUACAUUCCAGCUAAACCUAACUUGGCUGUCAGUUUUUCUUCCAUUAUAGUGUGAGUGGAGACUGCUCUCCCUCCCCCACAUGUACUUCCUUCCCAUAGCUCUCAUGAUCUUUUCUCUAUAAUGUCAAAAUUAAUGAAAAUCAUAUGAAUAUAUUAAUAGGUUGGUAAGUCACUGAAGACCUGACUCUACACUCUUUUUCUCCAGGGAGAUCAUUCUUUCUAUCUCAGGGUUCCAUCAGUGAGCAUGUAAAAUGCUACAUGGAUGAUAACAAUAUUUCCUUUAUUGAUCGGAGUCACAGUGUUUACUUUCAAUUCCCAGGAUGUAUGAUCUUGAAUCAUAUCAAAUAAAAAGGCUCUGUUUUGGAAGCAGUAUUAGGUCUGAU